CUCUCGCUUUUUACACCUCCAAAAUCUCAAAAAUGUUCAAGAUCCUUCCUCUUUUCGUCCUGGCCGUGGUGGUCGCCUGUUGUCAAGCUCUUCCCGUGGAACCCGAACGUAUGACAGUGGCCAUCUUGAAAUCCGAGAUGAACAAGCACAAUGAUGGGAGCUAUGACACUAUCUACGAGGCUGGAGAUGGAACCAAGCGCCAAGAGGACGCUGCUGUGGUGAGCGAGGGCACCGAAGAGGAAGCUCUGGAGGUGAAGGGAUCCUACACGUACAUCGAUGACGACGGCAAGGUGGUGGAGGUGUUCUAUACGGCGGGAAAGAACGGAUUCGUUCCAUACGGUGACACUAUCAACCCGGAAAUCACAGCUGUUGCUGAGGCAGCCAAGGAUCUUCCCAAGCCAGAGAAGAAGGAGAAGUUUGGUCAAUAGGACUCGUUUUUUUGAAGAUAUCUCGUAGAACUUAGUUCAUAAGAUUGAUGGAAAGAGCCAGCAGCGCGUUGAAACUAGGCAAACAAAAAUAAAAGUCAA